CAGGCCCCCUCCCCGUACGCAACAUGGCGGCGCCCAGGGGCUCAACCUGCACGUGAGAAAAUCAAGCACCUGGGACUCCGAUCAGUGAGGAUCUGCGAGCGACUUUCCCCUCUCCGAGGUCGGCUGCAUCUCCUCCGUCCUUCCAGAGGCCCUCGCGGGCCGCUGACCCUCCGAAGCCAUGAAGCCAAAGCCCAUUUCCCACAAGACCGAGAACACCUACCGGUUUCUUACAUUCGCUGAACGACUGGGUAAUGUGAAUAUCGACAUUAUUCACCGGAUUGAUAGGACUGCGAGCUAUGAUGAGGAGGUUGAAACCUACUUUUUUGAAGGUCUGCUGAAAUGGAGAGAAUUGAACCUUACGGAACACUUCGGAAAAUUUUACAAAGAAGUUAUUGACAAGUGCCAAUCAUUUAACCAGUUGGUCUAUCAUCAAAACGAAAUAGUUCAGAGUUUGAAGACUCACCUGCAAAUUAAGAACAGUUUUGCCUUUCAACCCCUUUUGGAUUUGGUCGUACAGUUGGCACGAGACCUGCAGAUGGAUUUCUAUCCACACUUUCAAGAUUUUUUUCUGGCUAUCACCUCAAUCCUGGAGACACAGGACACAGAGUUGUUGGAAUGGGCUUUCACCUCGUUAUCAUAUCUUUACAAAUACCUGUGGAGACUGAUGGUAAAGGACAUGUCCAGAAUAUACAGCUUGUACAGUACACUCCUGGCUCAUAAAAAACUACACAUAAGAAAUUUUGCUGCUGAAAGCUUUACUUUUUUGAUGAGAAAGGUCUCUGAUAAAAAUGCACUUUUCAAUUUAAUGUUUCUCGAUCUUGGAGAACAUCCAGAAAAAGUAGAAGGAGUUGGACAGUUGCUCUUUGAAAUGUGCAAAGGAGUAAGAAAUAUGUUUCACUCCUGUGCAGGCCAGGCAGUGAAGCUAAUUUUGCAAAAGCUAGGACCAGUUACUGAAUCUGAAACUCAGCUGCCAUGGAUUCUAGUUGGAGAAACACUCAAAAACAUGGUCAAAUCCACUGUAUUCUACAUCUACAAGGAACAUUUUGGUGUAUUUUUUGACUGUUUGCAAGAAUCGCUCCUGAAUCUACAUACAAAAGUAACAAAAACUAACUGUUGCGAAAGUUCUGAACAGAUAAAAAGAUUGUUAGAAACAUACCUGAUACUGGUGAAACAUGGACAUGGCUCCAAAAUAACCAAACCUGCUGAUGUUUGUAAGGUACUGUCGAAAACAUUACAAAUUACCAAUCUCUCCACAUCUUGCCGGGAGACCCUCUUGGAUGUAAUUUCUGCUUUGAUCCUAGGUGAAAAUGUUUCCUUGCCGGAGACCCUCAUCAAAGAGACCAUUGAAAAAAUUUUUGAGAGCAGAUUUGAAAGACGUCUAAUUUGGAAUUUUUCUGAAGUCAUGUUUGCUAUGAAGCAGUUUGAACAGCUUUUUCUACCAAGCUUUCUCUCCUAUAUUGAGAAUUGCUUCUUGAUCGAUGACACUGUGAUCAAAGGUGAAGCUCUGGCCGUUUUGGCCAAGCUCAUUCUGAACAAAGCAGCACCUCCCACUGCUGGCUCGAUGGCAAUUGAAAAGUACCCUUUGGUUUUCUCACAACAGACAGUGGGAUGCUAUGUAAAGCAGAAGACUAGAUCCAAGAAAGGGGAGGAACCAUUCCCAGUAUUGGACUAUCUCUUAUCUAUUAUUCAGUUACCCCCAAAUGAAGACACGACUUACCUUUCACACACCUGGGCAGUUCUUGUAGUAUUGCCUCAUAUUAGACCUCUUGAGAAAGAGAAGGUGAUACCUCUAAUCACACGCUUCAUAGAGUCACUCUUCAUGGCUGUUGACAGAGGGAGCUCUGGAAAAGGAAACUUAUUUGUUCUUUGUCAAGCUGUAAAUACACUGCUAAGUUUAGAAGAAUCUUCUGAACUUCUUCAUUUGGUUCCUGUGGAACGUGUGAAGAAUUUAGUAUUAAUGUUUCCUUUAGAGCCAUCUGUGUUGCUGUUGGCUGAUCUCUAUUAUCACAGAUUAUCCUUAUGUGGCUGCAAAGGACCACUUUCUGAGGAAGCUUUAAUGGAAUUAUUUCCUAAGUUGCAAGCAAACAUUUCAACUGGUGUAUCCAAGAUUCGGCUUUUGACAAUAAGGAUCCUGAACCACUUUGACAUUCAUCUUCCAGAAUUGAUGGAGGAUGACGGGCUCUCAGAGCGGCAGUCUGCUUUUGCUAUAUUACGCCAGGCAGAACUUGUCCCAGCAACUGUGAAUGAUUACAGAGAGAAGCUUCUUCAUUUAAGAAAACUCAGACAUGAUGUGGUGCAGACUGCAGUUCCAGAUGGGCCAUUACAAGAGGUACCACUUCGGUAUUUGUUAGGCAUGUUAUAUGUUAACUUCAGUGCUCUCUGGGAUCCUGUUAUUGAGCUCAUAAGUUCUCAUGCAUGUGAAAUGGAAAAUAAGCAGUUUUGGAAGGUCUACUAUGAACAUCUAGAAAAAGCAGCCACACAUGCUGAGAAAGAGCUGCAAAGUACUGUAAGAGAGGAGGAGACAUCCUUUGGGGAUGAAAGUCAGGAGCAGAUCCAGGAAGGAGAUGUGGGAGCUCUCUAUCAUGAACAGCUGGCAUUGAAAACAGACUGUCGGGAGAGACUGGACCAUACUAACUUUCGGUUUUUGCUCUGGCGAGCUCUGGCAAAAUUCCCAGAGAGGGUAGAACCAAGAUCCAGGGAGCUUUCACCACUUUUCUUGAGAUUUAUCAACAAUGAGUAUUACCCAGCAGACCUGCAAGUUGCUCCAACCCAAGAUCUGCGGAGAAAAGGCAAAGGGGUAACAGUGGAGGAAAUGGAAGAGGAAGCUGCUGCUGGAGAAGACGAGGAGAUGGAGGAAGAGGGGGUGCCCCAAGACGAACCCUCACAGAAGAAAAAGACAAGAAGAGCAGCUGCAAAGCAAUUAAUUGCUCAUUUGCAAGUUUUCUCUAAAUUUUCAAAUCCACGGGCCUUAUACCUCGAGCCCAAGUUAUAUGAGUUAUAUCUUCAGCUGUUGCUACACCAAGAUCAAACAGUGCAAAAGAUAACCUUGGAUUGUAUAAUGACUUAUAAACAUCCUCAUAUCCUCCCUUACCGGGAAAAUUUACAAAGAUUGCUUGAAGACAGAAGCUUCAAGGAAGAGAUUGUGCAUUUUAGCAUUUCAGAAGAUAAUACCGUAGUGAAAACAGCCCACCGAGCAGACCUGUUUCCUAUUCUGAUGAGAAUUUUGUAUGGCCGAAUGAAGAAUAAGACUGGAAAUAAAACUCAAGGGAAAUCCGCUUCAGGAACUCGCACAGCCAUUGUCCUGCGGUUCCUUGCUGGGACCCAACCUGAGGAGAUCCAGAUAUUCUUAGAUCUGCUGUUUGAACCUGUGAAGCACUUCAAGAAUGGAGAAUGCCAUUCUGCAGUCAUUCAAGCAGUAGAACAUUUGGAUUUAUCUAAAGUUCUUCCUUUGGGUCGUCAGCAUGGUGUCUUGAAUAGCCUUGAAAUAGUAUUGAAGAACAUUAGUCACCUGAUCAGUGCAUAUUUACCAAAGAUUUUGCAAAUUCUGCUCUGUAUGACAGCAACUGCAUCACGUAUCCUUGACCAACGAGAACAGAUACAACUAAGGUUUAUUAACCCACUAAAAAACUUAAGACGUCUUGGAAUCAAAAUGAUAACUGAUAUCUUUCUGGACUGGGAAUCCUAUCAGUUCAGAGCAGAAGAAAUCGAUGCUGUGUUUCAUGGUGCAGUUUGGCCCCAGAUCAGCAGGCUUGGAUCUGAGAGUCAGUAUUCGCCUACUCCUCUGCUGAAACUAAUUAGUGUCUGGAGUAGAAAUGCAAGAUAUUUCCCUUUUCUGGCUAAACAGAAACCUGGACACCCAGAAUGUGAUAUCCUGACCAAUGUUUUUGCGAUUCUCUCAGCAAAGAAUCUCUCUGAUGCCACAGCCAGUAUUGUAAUGGAUAUAGUCGAUGACCUUCUUAACCUUCCAGAUUUUGAGCCCACAGAAGCAGUUUUGAGCUUGCCAGUAACUGGAUGCAUAUAUACUGACGUAGCAGAAAACACAGAUGAGUCUAUCACAGUAGGAGGAAGAUUAAUUUUGCCUCAUGUACCUGCAAUUCUCCAGUAUCUCAGCAAAACUACAAUAAGUGCAGAAAAGGUGAAAAAGAAAAAGAAUAGAGCACAAGUCAGUAAGGAGCUUGGAAUUCUCUCAAAGAUCAGCAAGUUUAUGAAAGACAAAGAACAAAGUUCUUUACUUAUUACCCUCCUCCUACCUUUCCUCCACCGCGGUAACAUUGCUCAGGAUACAGAGAUCGAUAUUCUGGUGACAGUACAGAACUUGUUAAAACAUUGUCAGGACCCUACAAGCUUCCUCAAGCCUCUGGCAAAACUCUUCUCAGUUAUUAAGAACAAGUUAUCAAGACAAUUACUUUGUACAGUUUUCCAGAGUCUUUCUGAUUUUGAGAGUGAAUUAAAGUACAUUACUGAUAUUGUCAAGCUUAACGCCUUUGAUCAAAGACACCUUGAUGAUAUCAACUUUGACGUUCGCUUCGCAACGUUUCAGACGAUCACUAAUUAUAUUAAGGAAAUGCAAACUGUGGAUAUAAACUACCUCAUUCCAGUUAUGCAUAAUUGUUUCUAUAAUCUGGAGUUAGGAGAUAUGUCUUUAAGUGAUAAUGCCAGCAUGUGCUUGAUGACUAUCAUUAAAAAGCUAGCUGCGUUGAAUGUCACAGAGAAAGAAUAUAAAGAAAUCAUUCAUCGUUCUCUCCUGGAAAAAUUGAGGAAAGGAUUGAAGAGCCAGACAGAGAGUAUUCAACAGGAUUAUACUACAGUACUUUCGUGUUUAAUUCAAACCUUUCCGAAUCAGGUGGAAUUUAAAGAUUUGGUACAGCUUACUCAUUACCAUGAUCCAGAAAUGGACUUCUUUGAGAACAUGAAGCACAUUCAGAUCCACAGGAGAGCAAGAGCCUUGAAGAAGCUGGCAAAACAACUAGUAGAAGGCAAAGUCAUGCUGUCCUCUAAAUCUCUUCAGAAUUACAUCAUGCCUUAUGCCAUGACUCCAAUUUUUGAUGAGAAAAUGCUCAAGCAUGAAAACAUAACCAUUGCUGCCACUGAGACUAUUGGAGCUAUUUGCAAACAUCUUUCUUGGCCAGCAUAUAUAUAUUAUUUGAAACAUUUCAUCCAUGUCUUACAGACAGGACAAAUCAAUCAAAAGUUGGGUGUCAGUUUGCUAGUAAUAGUGUUAGAAGCAUUUCACUUUGACCACAAAACUCUCGAAGAACAAAUGGGAAAAAUUCAGAAUGAAGAAAGUGACUUUUGUUGUUUACUAAACAUAGACACAAUAGAAGUGAUUGAGUUACCAGAGCACGAAGCCAUGGAAGUGGAGCACAUGGAUGAGGAGGAGAAGAAAAACACAGACAACGAAGACCUAGCAAACUGCGAUCCAGUGGAUUCUCAAGGGACAUCCACUAAGGAACCUGAGUGUAUCGCACAGCCCAUCUCUCUUCUUCCUCAGAAUAAGGAAGAAUUGGAGAGAACGAUUAAAACUAUCCAAGGAGCCAUAACUGGGGAUAUCCUGCCCAGGCUACAUAAAUGCCUUGCAUCUACGACUAAAAGAGAAGAAGAACACAAACUCGUAAAGUCAAAGGUGGUGAAUGAUGAGGAAGUAGUUCGAGUUCCCUUAGCUUUUGCCAUGGUCAAACUAAUGCAGUCCCUUCCACAAGAAGUUAUGGAAGCUAAUCUGCCAAGUAUUUUGCUGAAAGUCUGUGUCCUCCUCAAGAACAGAGCACAGGAAAUCAGAGACAUUGCACGCAGCACUCUUGCAAAAAUAAUAGAGGAUCUGGGCGUACAUUUCCUACAGUAUGUUUUAAAAGAAUUGCAGACCACCCUGGUCCGUGGAUAUCAGGUCCAUGUGCUCACUUUCACUGUUUGCAUGUUGCUGCAAGGCCUCAGCAGCAAGCUGCAAGUUGGAGAUUUGGACUCCUGUUUAGAUAUAAUGAUCGAGAUUUUUAACCACGAGUUGUUUGGUGCCAUUGCCGAAGAGAAGGAAGUAAAGCAGAUCCUCUCCAAAGUCAUGGAGGCGCGGAGAAGCAAGAGUUACGAAUCUUACGAAAUCUUGGGCAAGUUUGUAGGAAAAGAUCAGGUUACAAAACUCAUCCUUCCAUUGAAAGAGAUCUUACAAAACACCACAAGUUUAAAACUGGCCCGGAAAGUUCAUGAAACUUUACGCCGAAUCAUUGCAGGAUUAAUUGUAAAUGAGGAAAUGACAGCGGAAUCCAUUCUAUUGCUCAGUUACGGUUUGGUCAGUGAAAAUCUUCCCCUGUUAACAGAGAAGGAAAAAAACCCAGCAGCCCCAGCCCCGGAUCCACGCCUGCCACCCCAGAGCUGCCUUCUGCUCCCCCCAACUCCGGUCCGUGGUGGACAGAAAGCUGUUGUGAGCAGGAAAACCAACAUGCACAUAUUUAUUGAAUCUGGACUUCAGCUGCUUCAUCUAAGUCUGAAGACUUCUAAGAUCAAGUCUUCAAGUGAACAUGUCCUGGAAAUGUUGGAUCCAUUUGUGUCCCUCCUCAUAGACUGCCUGGACUCCAGGGACGUGAAGGUGAUCACAGGUGCUUUACAGUGCCUGAUCUGGGUCUUGAGGUUCCCUCUGCCUUCUAUAGAAACUAAAGUGGAACAGUUGACAAAACACCUUUUCCUCUUGCUGAAGGACUAUGCAAAACUCGGGGCUGCCAAGGGCCAGAACUUCCACCUGGUGGUGAAUUGUUUCAAGUGUGUUACCAUCCUGGUAAAGAAAGUCACGUCCUACCAGAUAACUGAGAAACAGCUGCAAGUUCUGCUGGCAUACGCUGAAGAGGACAUUUAUGAUACUUCAAGACAAGCCACAGCAUUUGGUCUUCUGAAGGCUAUUUUAUCAAGAAAGUUAUUGGUCCCAGAAAUCGAUGAUGUCAUGCGGAAAGUUUCGAAGUUGGCCAUUUCUGCACAAAGCGAACCUGCAAGGGUCCAGUGCAGACAGGUUUUUCUGAAAUAUAUUCUUGACUAUCCAUUGGGUGACAAAUUGAGACCAAACUUGGAAUUCAUGCUUGCCCAACUGAAUUACGAACAUGAGACUGGGAGGGAGUCCACCUUGGAAAUGAUCGCCUACCUCUUUGACACAUUCCCUCAGGGACUGCUCCAUGAGAACUGCGGAAUGUUCUUCCUUCCUCUUUGUCUAAUGAUGGUGAACGAUGACUCUGCCGUGUGCAAAAAGAUGGCCUCCAUGACAAUCAAAUCCUUACUCAGUAAAAUCAAUCUUGAGAAAAAAGAUUGGCUGUUUGAUAUGGUUACUACCUGGUUUGGAGCAAAAAAGAGCUUAAAUAGACAGCUCGCUGCUCUGGUCUGUGGCUUAUUUGUGGAAAGUGAAGGAGUCGAUUUUGAGAGAAGACUUGGAACUGUUCUUCCUGUAAUUGAAAAGGAAAUUGAUCCUGAAAACUUUAAAGAUAUCGUGGAAGAAACUGCAGAGAAAGCUGCGGAUCGCCUUCUGUUUAGUUUUCUUACACUGAUAAGUAAACUCAUCAAGGAAUGUAAUAUCAUUCAGUUUACGAAGCCCUCGGAGACUUUGAGUAAAAUCUGGAGUCAUGUGCACUCUCACCUGCGACAUCCACACAGCUGGGUGUGGAUCACAGCAGCCCAGAUUUUUGGAUUGCUCUUUGCCUCUUGCCAGCCAGAGAAGCUGAUUCAAAACUGGAAUGCCAAGAGGACUAAAAAGAAACCUUCAGAACCUGUAGCCAUCAGGUUCCUAACAAGUGACCUUGACCAGAAGAUGAAGAGUCUCUCUCUCGCCUCUUGCCAUCAGUUGCAUUCUAAAUUCUUGGAUCAGUCUCUCGGAGAGCAGGUUUUUAAGCAUUUGUUGUUCAUAGCCAAGAUCUUAUAUUUACUGGAAUCUAAUUCUGGGAAUAAGCAAGGUGAGAUAAAAGAGGACAUGGAAGAACCGGAAGUUUUAGGAGACAGUGUGGCCGGGGAGGCAGUAGAAGAACUUGAGACUCACGCAGAUGGAGAGGCGGCGUCUGACGGGGAUGAGAAGGAGGAGGCGAAGGAAGAACGCAGCAGGCCAGCCACGCUGCUGUGGUUGAUCCAAAGACUGUCCCGCAUGGCAAAGUUGGAAGCUGCUUAUUCACCUAGAAACCCCUUAAAGCGGAUAUGCAUCUUCAAGUUCCUGGGCGCUGUAGCAAUGGAUCUUGGCGUGGACAAGGUGAAGCCGUAUCUCCCAGUGAUCAUAGCGCCUUUGUUCCGAGAACUGAAUAGCACCUAUUCAGACCAAGACCCUGUGUUAAAGAAUCUAUCCCAGGAGAUCAUAGAAUUACUCAAGAAGCUUGUUGGGCUCGAGAGCUUCUCAUUAGCCUUUGCCUCUGUACAGAAACAGGCAAGUGAGAAAAGGGCACUCCGGAAAAAGAGGAAGGCACUGGAGUUUGUAACUAAUCCUGAUAUUGCUGCCAAGAAAAAGCUGAAGAAACACAAAAAUAAAAGUGAAGCAAAGAAGAGAAAGAUAGAAUUCCUGAGUACAGGACAAAAACAUUCCUGCGUCCAGGCUAUAAGGCCAAGAGACAAAAAAGCCACAGCCUGAAAGAUUUAGCAAUGGUGGAGUAAAGACCCCACGCUGAUACUCGAGCAAAAUUUACACCGGCUCAGCCCACCCCAGGGCAUGAACUUGCCGGCAUAGCCUGCUAGUCUGAAGUCACAAGUGUUAUUAUUUAAGAUCAACUUUGGCAUAGGUUGUAUAAUACAUGUUUAGUGUAAUCAUGCUGAUAUUUUUUAAAUUAAAAUGUUUUAUACUGCUAUUGUA